AUGGAUGAACACUAUGAAGACGUUGAGAUCAAGACGGGAGAGGAAGAGGAGUCAGCAAUGGAGGCUGCUGAGAUGAAGGAAAUGGGAGACACGGCUAAUGAGACGGCAGCGGUGAAGCAGGAAGUGGAAAGGAGUGUCAACAUCGAAACAACAACGAUCAUGCUUGAAGACGAAGAUGUGAAAGGUGAUGGUGAUGGAGCUGCACAAGAAGGACUUGUGGUGAAGGACAUGAAGGCAUUUGCAUCUGCAAAGGAGCAAGAGUCUAAGGAGGAGGCACGAGUCGAAGACCACGGGAUUCAGGAAGUUAUUGGUGUUAAGAAGUCAAGGCGGAGUGCGAGGCUGAAGAAAACGGUUCAAGGUUUGGAUGUCAAGGCGCUUAACUUCAAGCCGCGUAAGCAGCGGUUCAAAGUGCUGGAGCUGCGGGGGAGUACGAAGUCGAGUUAG